UAACGUCAACUGUCAAAAUUUUGGAGUGUCAUGUCAUCGUAAUAUUUUCGUUUUUCGUGCAAACAUAAUCGUUGAUAAUUACAAAAAAAUAGCAAAAUAACACUGUGAACGUUUGUAACUGUGCUAGAAAACUGUUGUUAAAAGUGUUUUCAAGAUGCAUUGGUACGGUGGCAGCAUAGCUGAGGCGGUUACACUAUCUAAACAGAAAAAUGCUAUUUUCGUAGUUUUUGUUGAAGGUGACAACCAGCUAUCAUCAGAGAUGACGUCAGUGCUGGACGACGCAGCGGUGCUGCAGAGGCUCGGCAACAGCACCAACUUCCUGGCCAUACGGCUGAAGAGUGGCUCCACGGACUACACACACUUUGCGCAGAUCUACCAAUUCGUCCCUGUUCCGUCGCUAUUCUUCAUCGGCCGUAACGGUACUCCGUUAGAGGUGGUCUGCGCGGGAGUGCAGCCAGAUAAUCUGGCCACCAGGAUCGACAGGAUACUAGAGGAACACCACAAAGAAAAGUCAGCACCGCCGUCCAACAUUAAGGAGCAAACGGCCAAUUUACUUGCAUCUGAAUCCACCCCCUCCCCCACACCGGGUGGAAGCAAAGUGUCUGCCACCGCGCCUGUCAAAGAACCAGAACCAUCAGAACCGGCCGCGAAAGUGGCCAAACUAGACGACCAAGAAGUGGUGUGCAACGACGGUGUUUGCAUCCGCCGCCCGCGCGCCGACGGUGCCGGACCUAGCAAAACCCCUGACGCUGCUGUAACACAAAAAGAACAAGAAGCGAAGUUGGCAGCGACAGAGAGUAGUCUGAGCGCAGAAGAGAAGAUGGAGAGAGCUAAGGCUUUGAUUGAAGCCAAGAGGAAGGAGAAAGCUGAGAAAGAGAGACAGCAAGAGAAAGAAAAAGAAAAGGAGAGACGCAACCUCGGGCAAGGGGUCGCAGAGCUCAAGAAGUGGCAGGCCGAGCAGGAGCUCAAACAGCUGCAGGAGGAGCGCAAACGCGAAAAGAUGGAGAAUGACCUCGCUAGACAGCGCAUUUUGGAGCAGAUAGCGCAAGAUCGCGCCGAGCGACGCGCCAGGGAGUCUAGGGACGUGCCACAGCCGCAAGAGUGCCAUCUGAGAGAAACCACCACUCCAGCCACAUCCGGGGACGGGGCCCUACAAGCUCGCGUGCAGUUCAAGCUGCCGGACGGGACCACCCAUACAAACCACUUCCCUGCCGAGGCGAGGCUGGCCGAAGUGCACCGAUAUGUCGCCGAUAACUUGGAUCUACCCACAGCUCAAUUCUCCUUAUGGCUGGCGUUCCCUCGACGAGAGCUGACCGACACAGAAGCGACUCUUCGGCGACUCGAACUAGCGCCGUCCGCGGCUCUGCUCGUGCUGCCGCGCGCCGCCCUGCCAGCGCGUCCCUCUGCCGUCAGCAACAUGAUAGGGCUCGUGACGCAACUCCUAUCGGCCAUGAUCUUCGAGCCGUCUACGCGGCUGUACGUGUGGCUCAUGUCGCUGGUGGCGCCCGCGCGGGGCGGGGACGCCGCGCCGGGCCCGGGCGGCCCCGCCCCCUCCCCCUCCCCCGCCCCGCGCCGCGGCGUGCACCGGCUGAGGGGGGAGAGACCGGAUGAUGACAACAAUACUUGGAACGGGAAUUCGACACAACAGAUGUAGACACAUCUAUUUAUCCUCGUGCCGCCCAAUGUACAUUUAGAUGUACACUCAGUUUCGAUGGAAUGUCAACCUUAUUAUAAACGAAGUAGGUAGCAUUUAAUUUGUCUCGUAAAUUUUUCGAACAAAUGAAAUUCAACCUAAUUGAAAAUACAACAAGAUUACUUGGCUAUAAUUUUGUAUGAUGGGCGGCACGAGGUUAUCGUCAACAAUAUGAAGAAAAUACAAUAUUUGGCUACCAAUAUCACAGAGUAUCGAAAUAAUACCACAGAAUAAAUAAUAGUACUAUAGUCUGUAUCUUUUGGUAUUUAAAUAAAAGUAAACAAAAUCUACCCUCAAAUGGCUCCUUAACCCAGUUGAGGGUAGAUGAAAACAUUACAUGAUCAAAUAAUGUAGGUUAAAGUCAGGUCGUUCAGUGACAGAUCCAGGCGGUUUUGUAUUUGGUUGGUUAACCAAUAAAUGUUAUAACUACCCGAAAAUGUACAAAUUAUUUGUUUACUUUUAGUUAAAUACCUUAAGAUACAGAGUAUAGGUACAGAAGGUUCACUCUCUAACGCGUCUAUUACGACAGAUAUGACCGCCAGGUGGCGCAAGCGCGAGCGUCCGUUCCGUAGCGGUGCGCGGCAACUACUACUGCUAGACACCAACAUUGGUGUGGGCCGCGUGUACUUGUAGCGACGCGACGAGAUCGCGGAGUGAGCCACGCCUGAUAAUAUCAAACUUUGUAAAAGAGGACUCUGAAAAAAUGUCUGAAUAUCCCAAUUUUGAUACAAUAAAAUUCGUCAUCGGCAUACAUACCUAAUGUGUUUAAUAAAUAACUAACGACCCGCCCCGGCUUCGCACGGGUUACACAAAACCUUAACAAAUUAUACACCUAAACCUUAUUCAAGAAUCACUCUACUGAUAGGUGAAAACCGCAUGAAAAUCCGUUCAGUAGUUUUCGAGUUUAUCGUGAACAUACAUACAAACAGACAGCCGCGGCGGGGGACUUUGUUUUAUAAGGUGUGAUUUCAUUGAAAAGUCGAAAGCAAAGAAUUUCAUUGUAAAGAAGAAUUUCGUACAAUGACCCGCUAUUUCCUGUCUCUAUCCCACGCGCAUAAUCAUAUUGCAGUCGCUCGCACAGUGGCAUUGACCGCCAACAUCGUGAACGAGACAGCAAUAUAAUUACGCGCGUGCGAUAGAGACAGAGAUAGGAACAGGCAGUUCAAUGUACGAAAUUCCUCUUGAUAAGCGUCCUUUCAUCAAUUGCACUACGGACCAGACACUGUCAGUAAUAUUGACAUUACUAUUGACAGUGUAGUUAUUGGAAUGAUUUUAAAAUGAAAAUUUGAUUAGAACGAUGUAAUGACAAUAUUACUCGACAUUUUUACUGAUAGUGUCAAGUAUGCAUAUAAAUGAUAUAAAUAUUAUAAUAUAAUUUAUUUUAUUUUUAUUUAGGCAUUCACUUAUUGGUUGGUUUAUCACGGAAUUACAGUUUUCUAGUAUAGUUAUAAACACGUUGUAAUUUAUUAUGAAUAAUAAUAAAAUAUAUGGUUAUUUGGAAA